UGUAAUCAUAGGCUGGUUUCUUUCAAGAGAUUCGUUCACACCAUGUGUUCAGAUUUCAUUUAUGAUGUCGCUGUCUGUGUCAAGGUAGAUGAUGAGUCAGAACUCGAUAAGAAGGAAGGUGGUCAUGGAUUUCGAUUCGGAACAACCACGUUCAUUCCUGUGCCAACCUAUUCCUCGUCCGAGCACGAGAUUCUGCAAUACUCUUACAUUCAGAAGCUUCUGGGGUUCGUUUCGGAUGGAGAGCUAUCCUUCAGUCUUUGCGACAUGUGCUGUGAACAAUGUGGAAUGUUCUUGGGCCUGAAGGUUUGCAACCUGGGGGUCACGUCAAAGUCAGGGGAUGUGGAGGCGGAGAAUCUUGUUGCGUUGCAGCGUCAAGGCAUCACAGACGGCAGAACACAAGGUUCCAGGUUUGUCCUGCCCGGUGUAAAUUUGAACUGGUUCGCCCUGACUAUAAACGAAAUGCUGAACCUGGAGCAUUCAGAAGAGAACUGGGAUGAAAAUUUCAACCUCACUGAUAUCGACACGAUGAAAACCUUUCGACCUAUCAAGAAAGGAGAGGCGCUUUUGUGCAAGCAAAGACUAAAUAUCAUCGACAAAGCGUGCAACUCGCUGAUUACAUCGGGCAAUAUCCACUGCUCCCACUGCAACAACGCCAUAGCCCCUGGCAGGGCUGUGCUCAACGAGAAGGGGAUGGAGCCAGAGGAGGAGGAAGGCGACCUUGUGUUUGUGGCCGGAAUGACCGCCGGCUCAUACAUUGAGGAGGACGAGGAGAGGAGAAGCUCGAGGUUUGCGGGUGUUGUCGUCAAAGAUGUUUCCUGUGCUGGCUGCCGUCGAAGGGUUGGAUGGAAGCACUUGGUGAUACCAGAGGAGGAAUGGGAUGGAGACGAGAUGCUCUCCUCGCACCGGCACCUCCAUGGCGUCUUCUGCUUGCGCCGCCAUCUGAUCACGCGCGAAGGAGCUUCCAGCAUCAGGAGUGACACAUCGCUAGCUCAACGCAUCCUCCCUGCUGAAUUUCAAACCCCAGCGAGCCCAUCGUUGUAGAUUAUCCCUUGGAGAGAACUGCUGUACAUUAUUUGGCCUUGUUUGACUUGUUUGUCCCCUUUUUCUUCUUGCCGCUCUUCGUCGUCUUUGUCUCGGGUGUGCUGGGGACGGGGAAUUGAGAGAA